CUGAUCCAGGUGGAUAGACGCAUAUUGUCCACGUGAUUCUCAGAAAGGAAAACACUAGCUAGCUAACUAGCUAACAAACUAACCGUUUGUGUUGAAACUGAGAUUAAUUAAUAACUAGGGGGGAGGAAAGAAAUGACCAACCCACUGAGGGGAGAAGUUAUCAGAUUGUACAAGAAUCUUCUCUAUCUUGGAAGAGAUUACCCAAAAGGCACUGUAUACUUCAGGGAGCGCUUAAAAACAGCUUUUAUGAAGAACAGAGAUGUCACCGACCCUGAGAAGAUCCGAAAGCUUGUUGAUCGAGGGGAGUUUGUAAUUAAGGAACUCGAGGCCCUGUAUUUCCUUAGGAAAUACAGAGCGAUGAAGAAACGAUAUUAUGACCCCGAACACUAAUGCCUCUGCUUCUCAUACAAAGAAUGGGACAAAAACACAAACUCUCAUUAAUAAACUUUAUUUAGACAUCAGUAGCAUUUGAAGAUCAAAAGGCUGUUGGCGUAAAGGAUGGUGUUUAUCUCAUAAAAAAAUCUACUACUUAUAAUAGAUACAAUCCUUGGUAAAACAAGGGUCACAACAUACAAAUUAUCCAUAUAAUUUGUUUAGGGUGGCAUCAUUUAUGUACAUUGCAUGUCAUUGUAAAAUUGUCAUUCUACCCAAGUGAAAACUACCAUUUCUUGUAAAUAACUGCCCUAUAUUUAUGAUGGUGGAACGCAGCAAUUACAGAAAUGUGUUUUUAAGAAGA